AUGAUGAACCGAUUCCGCAAGAAUAAGAAGGCCAAGGAGGUCAAGGACACCUUGGACGAAUUGGAGAAUGGUCCCUCUCAAUCCCCAUUCAGCCUGAAGCUGUCCAAGAAGAAGGAGUUUGCCGAAGAACAAGCUAAGCUAGACCUCCUAGCAGACGCCCUGCCGCCAUCAGAUGACUUCCGCACCAGUUUGCUCAUGCCAAAGCUUUCGGCUCGAUUCAGCAUGCUCAGAGAACAAGAUGAUCCAGCCUCCAAGAUCGGCAAAGCUAGUGACGACAGCGUCUUAUUCCCCAAGCGAGCUUCACGAUUGAACCUUUUUGGACACAGCCCGGCAAUGCUUACAGAUAUUGACGAAGUUUCCUCAAAUGACGGCAGUCGACCUUCACUCGCCUUGGGCAGAACCGACUCCUAUGCAUCUGGUGGUGACGGAGGCUAUGGUACCGACGACGAUCGAUCACAUAAUGGGAGCAUGAUGAGCCGAGCUCGUCGAGCUGAAGGAAACAAUUUGUUUGGUGGUCGUCAGAAAGUGUUUCGCAUCCCGGUCCGAUCUCCAGGAGGAUCAUCGCCUGUCGUUGAGAGCCCCUUAGGAAUGGGAAUGGGAAAGGCAGUCUAUGACCAUGAUUUGAACAUGUCUGCUUUCCAACGGAUGAGAUUGCAAGAGAAACAAGAAAGAGAGGCGGCGGCAGCAGCAGCAGCAGCAGCAGCAGAAGAAGAAGAAGCAACUGCUGCUCAAGAACUUGUUCCACCGGACUCUGACGAUACUCCUUCUAUUUCAUCCGCAAACCGAACCACAUUUUCAUCAACAGCAUCUGGCCCCACAGCGAACGCACGAUCCUCAACUGCAGCAACUUCGAUUGACGAGUCCCAACUAAUUGCAUCUCACCUGCAGCCGCAAGGCGCAUCGCACACCGCUCCAGUCCCGGAAUUCCAAAUGGACGCCCGGCCACAGUCCGGUAUGUCAAACCCUAGAACUGGCUCGGUUCGAUCCCGCCGCCUGUAUGGCCAGGGCUUGACACAGAACGUGCAAAAUCAACAAAACUCGACCUUGCAUCGAUUGGAAAGCCUCAGCCGACACCGAUCUGGCACCCCGGAUAUUCUCCCUUUGAACCGCAACUACUCUAGGAGUGCAUCCAACCUUCGCGAUCGGCUGCAGAAACUUGCUAUCGCUGAACCAGGUGCCCCUCCGCCGACCAGCCCUCCUUCAUCGGCAACUUCCCCCAAGCAGCAAGCCUACAUGGAGAUGUCUUCUCGGGAGCGACUUUCUCCUACCGCACCAUCUUUCGGCGCCCCUCCGUUGAGCCCACCUACAAGCGAAACCGAGGAUACCCACUCCUUGCUGGCUGCAGCGCUCAACCCAGAAGAUCACGGCAAGGCAACUGCAAUGGGUCUGUUCAACAGACCAGCUACUGGCUUUGAUGAGCAGCAGUUUGUGCGCCGCCAACUCCAGCUGCACCAGGGCCGAGACACCCCUCCCCCCGACGCCCUUCGUCGCCUCGUGCACUGCCGCACGAUCAGCCAGGCCGGCUCCGCGGACUUUCCAAGUCUAGCUACCGCUCCAGAGCCGAGUCAGCCUCCUCCCACUACAGCAGUGACGCGCAUCACGGGAUGGAGAGUUGACUCCGGCGACGAAGGAGAAGAUCGUCACUCAUACGAAGUGUCUUCAGUGACAACUGCAGCCACGGAUUACGGUGGCUCUCUGUACCACCCCAGUGUCUUGUCCAAGCCCCCUCCUACAGAGGAGCAUCUUGAAACUUUGCCCGAAGUACGAUACUCAGAUCUUGGUGAUCUGAAACCAAUUGAAGAGAACGAAUUUCCAGAGGAGAGCUUGCCCUCUGACAUGGCUACUUCUAUGAUCAUUGAACGCCCAGAUUCCCCAACAAUCCAGUCAUCUGGAUUCCCAAUGGAUGGCAUCCGGUCACACCUGCGCUGUGCGAGUGACAAGUCUUCGAUUUUCCGUCCCCCAUCUCCAACACUGCCCAUAGGUGAUGUAUUCUCAAAAAAGCUCGAGCCCCAGGUGUCCGUUGUUGAGGUGCAGCCAAGCCCUACGGUUGAAGAUCAACUUAAUGUGGAUACCGUGGCCGAGUUGACUGAACCGGAAUCUUCGAGCACCCGGGAUUCAUUCAGACAAUCUGCAGAGAUGGCAACUAGCCGUGGUAGCGAGGACUCCUCCUCAUCGGGAGCUAUCCCUGACAACAUUCCGUCUUGGAAGGAAGAGCUGGCAUAUCACCACCAUCGAGAGGGAAGUACCGAGACUCAAAGAGAACGAGAUGAAUUUGCUAGAGAAAUUGCCGAGCGACGUCGGAAAAUCCAAGAAAAACUCCGAAGUGUUGCAGACAGCGAAAGUCGCUCGAGCAGUCCCACUCCUGGUCGCCAGACUCCCGACCUUCAUAUCAAGGCCGGCAAUGCUUUCUCCCUUUUGAAGCACAAGUCAAGCAAGCAGGCGGUUUCGAAGAACGAUUUAUAUGGUUACAGUUCUUCCACCCCUUCCCUUGUUCCGGAAGACAUGGCGCGUGAGGAGCGGCCGUCUCUCUUCAGCCGCCACUCCAACAACAGUGCUCCGCAGGUCUCAGAGCGGUCCCUCAGAUCUCGCAUGCCGACUCUCAGCCGCAGCGCAUCUCGAGAGUCAAGCCGUAGCCGUGGCACUUCCCCGCAGCCUGGUUACCGGGCUCCAAGAGAUCGCUCGAACUCUGAUGCCUCUGGCCGGUCUAAGAGCCGGACCCGAUACCGCGAACGAGAUGAUCUUGAAACUGUGGAUGAAGGCACUGUAAUCGCCCACGAGAACUUUGUUGUCCCUGAUAACUUUGAGCCACCAGUCCUUGCAUCUGGUACUAGCUCGACCCGUCCAUCAAUGGAGGCUCCUGAACCUGCUGCUUUUGACCGAUCUGCUUCUGCUGCAUCAGGAAGAUACCGCAGUGCUAGCCGGUCGGGUACCCCGAGCUUCCAGUACGAGCGACCGUUUCAGUUCAACCAGGCAUCUAACUCACCUUCGAUCAUUGGUGCUCCACCCCGAGCAUGCCCUGCGACUCCUGCCUACUCGGCUAAUGCCACCCCUCCACUGAAUGAGAUCGCCUUGGAACAAUCUCAAACAUCGAGUCUGGCUUCUGCCAGCUCUCAAAGCCUACCCCAACGAGGCUUGGGUAGUAAUAUGCUACAGAAGCGCCCGGUGAACAAGAAGUUCAUUUCCGAGCCGACCUUUGUCUCCUGCACCUCUAACGUUCCUACAGUUGGUCUUCCAAGUGGACCAGCUCCGACUACUACUACUCCACCACUACCACCAAUGAAUCCUCGACGUCGCCGAGGCACACAAACCAUUCUGUCUGCCUUCAAGGUUGAAUCUCGUGUUUCAUCUCCUGCACCCAGCAUUCAUGAUGAGCACAGUGUCUUUCCAGAUGACGAGAAGCGUCCUCGAUCACGCAGUCGGCUUCGCCAAAAGUCGAUUGAGGAAGGUGACUGCUUCCGUUAUGAGACCAUGGCCAGCCCUGUCCCGGAUAUUCCACAAUACCCUCCUCCUGCUGUUCCCGCUGUCCCUGUUGAUGGUGGCAUGUUCUAA